AGACUGCUGUGCUGCCGGGGCUCAGGGAUGCAGCCUGGCAGAACUCACCUCAGGAGCUUUCUGAAAAUGGCUGUACUUUUCCAUUGGUAAAAAAUGUGUCGUUUUGGAGCUUCUUGACUGGUUUUGUUGUUUGUUUUUUUUUUUUCCUUUUAGGUUUGUGGCAUUUAGAGGAAUCUUUUUAUGGCAUGGAAGUUAAAACCAGAAAAUGGACGAUGAUGAUGACAUUCCUCAGCUUUCAUCCCAUACGUUGGCUGCCCUCCAGGAGUUCUAUUUGGAACAGCAGCAGAGAGAGGGCAUGAAGACCUCCCAAGGGUUUAAUCAGUAUUCCAUUGGCUCAAUAGAAGAAGACUGGCAACUGAGCCAGUUUUGGUACAGUGAUGAAACUGCAUCGUGCCUGGCUAAGGAAGCAGUUCUGGCAGCUGGAAAAGGUGGCAGGAUAGCAUGUGUUAGUGCACCGAGUGUGUACCAGAAACUGAAAGAACAGGAUGGUGAAGAUUUUUCUGUGUGUAUACUGGAGUAUGACAGAAGGUUUUCUGUCUAUGGAGAAGAAUUUGUCUUCUAUGAUUACAACCACCCUUUGGACUUACCUGAAAAUCUCCUGCCACACAGUUUUGACAUUGUAAUAGCAGAUCCACCCUAUCUGUCUGAGGAAUGUCUUCAAAAGACUGCAGAGACUAUCAAGUAUCUAACAAAAGGAAAGAUUCUGCUUUGCACAGGUGCAGUCAUGGAGGAACAGGCAGCAAAGCAUCUUGGUGUGAAGAUGUGCAAGUUUAUUCCAAAACACUCACGAAAUUUAGCCAAUGAAUUUCGAUGUUACGUGAAUUAUUCUUCUGGGCUGGACUGAUUCUCCUAAGAUCAUCUACAAAUCUACAUAUUUUUUAGCUAAGCUUCUUUCUUUUUUUUAGCAGUUGUGCCACAUUUCUCAGAGCUGAAAUAUUCCAAGUACUGUUUUCUGGGAUAGCUGGAAUCAACACAGUCUGAUAGCCUCUCUUUUAAACGAGUAAGCAUUUGCAGUUACUGUGUUUUGUAUUAGGUAAAUGCAGACCAAGAAAUGCAGGUGCUGAAUAAUGGGAACUUCUCUGUUGGAGUUGCAUUUUUACUGGUAGCUUUUACCAUUUGGGGACACAUCAGUGACCUCUUUGAUGUGGUUUUGGCUUAUAACAACUUGUGGAUGUUUGCCUUGCAGGCAUCAGAAUCAUCAUUGCCAAAGAACUUGAUAUUUCUGUAGAAAUGUGACCCAUACAUGUCCCUUAAAUCUUGAAUUAUAAUGGCUCUGAUUAAAUAUAGUGGCUGCUUUUUAAUCAUUUCAAUAUCAAACUAAAGAGGAUCUACAGGUAUGUCAAGUUUAUAGUUCCAAGAAUGGUUAUGGUUUUCAUCCAGUUGUCUGGUUUUUUUCUCCUGUUCCACAGAGAGCAGCAGAGCAGUAGAAUAGAAGCAUCUUAAAAAUCAUUGAUUCUUACAAGGCCACUGGGGAAUAGCAUAUUGAUAAACUCCCACUGUUUCAAAUAAAAAAAUGUUAGAUUUUAUAUUCAAGGUUUGGACUAUAUUUCAGUCAAAAUAGAUGAUACAUUGGAAAAAUUUUAUGUAAGUAGAGUUUUUUGAUAACUGAGAAUUUUAAAGCCAGUUUUGUGGACUAACCUUUUUAUUACACUGGUGAAAUAUUUUUGGGUGGAAGUUAGUUCGUGAAUUUGAAGGCACUCAAAGCUUUUAUAAUCUCUAAAAACAUUCCACAAAACACAAGCACUUGUCUUUGCAUGUCAUACUGUGUAAAGGUUAACAGAAAUGCUGCAUCUACAUAAUGAAUCACAUAAAAUCAAGUACUAAAUUUAUUUUGUGGUGGGAGUAAACCUAAUUAAGCUUUUGAGAUGAGACUUUUUAUAAUAAUACUCACGUUUUUGCUGUUUGGAUGCAGAUUUUCCCAUCUGGUAGAGUAAACAGCAGAGCAGGAAUAAUGUAGAUGGAUUAUAAUCCUCUCUCAGUGCUCAGAGAAUGGUGCUGUCUGAGCUGGACACAACAGUGGUUCACUUCACCCAAGCCGCUGUAGCUCUCCUCCCUGUUCUCCAAGAGAUCUGUUUGCUUCCAGAGGCUUUUCCCUCCUCACAUUUUAUACCUGCUGCAUGGUCCCUGCAUGUGGUGUUCCUGGGUUCCAUGGUAACAGUUUCCUUGCUCUUUCACACACUUUAGUUUCUGUCAGACUGGUCACAGGUGGUGUUAAAAUGAGGAACGUGCAGCAGAGGAAGCACCUGCAGGGAGAACAGGACUCUCCCUUCUGCUCUGUGAGCCCAGGGCCCAUAAAGUCUUGCCUUUCAAACCAGAUGCCAUCCUUGCUGCUGAGCCAGAAUUCUCCGAAAAUGACUGUCCACAGGUGGAAUACAGCUGGGUUUAGUUGUUUUCCGGGAGGCUAGACCAUCACUUUUAUGUGGCCAGUUUGAAAAUAAAGCAAACCAGAAUGAUAACUGCAUAGCUGUUGGCACUAAUCUGUGCUUUAAACUGGUUUAUUACCUCAGUGUCUUGCACACCAAGCAGGUGGAGACAAUGAAGUCACUCAUAGAACUUUGUUUUUAACUGCAUAGAGGCUUCAAGUGGGACAGGUAUGAUUGCCAGAAGGGAUGAUACUGUUGCCCUGCCACUCACCUAAAUUAGAAUGUGCUGUUCAAAUCAAAGCCUCACCUAUUUUGCUGCUUUGCUCACUGCAUUUUAGUGAACGUGUAUUAUUGGGCUCUCCAUAGCAGAGUUAAAAGUCAACUUUGCUAACUUCAUGAGAGAUAUUUCUUAAAAAGAUAAAAGUGCACCAUUCAGUUGUACCAAGAAGUUCACUUCCAAGAAAAUCACUACUGCUUCUCACAUGUAGGUCAGACCACUUUGAAAAGGGGCACUGUGAAGAUGCAGAGUCAUGGAACUGAGGG